AUGUAUAUCAUACGUAGUAGGUGCUGGAGUAACCGAUGUACUUCCAAAGCCGCCAACACUCCCUCCGAAGCCAGGAGUAUUAUUAUUAUUACUAAAAUAGAUACAUUAAUUCAAGCAACUAUGCGAAUUAAAG